GUCUUCUUUCCCAAACUAGAAGUUUGUGUAAACUUAUCUCAGUUCAACGUUAUUUCCUCGUAUUUUCAUUGGGCACAAUGAUGUGGAAAAUUUAUAUUUUUCAAGGUCGUUAAGUGGUUUUCACUUUUCAAAUAGGGUAACAAUUUUCAGCUGGUGUUUCUUUCUUUGUUUAUUCGAUAGGCGAUAAAUAAAACGUGCUUAAUCAUACACAGCAUUUUCAGAGUUUUCUGAAACAAAAGUACAACAUCUUCUCUGGUGGUAUAAACGGAACUUUUAAACUACAAUAAUGUCGAAUACAGUGUCAGGAAAAUUGGAAAAGGCUCACAAGAAAGGACAAAAAGACAGAGAUUCAAUACAAAAAUCGAUACAGGACAACAUAACUCAACUGGAAAAUGAAGAAAGGCAACUAGAGAAUGAGCUUAAAAAAAUGGCUAGAGAGGGUAAAAUGUUUGCCUGUAGACCAUUAGCUCAGCAAUUAUCUAAGAUUCGCUCUCUAAAACGUAAAAUGUUUGGCUUUAGUGGCCAGAUGAAUGCCAUACAAACAAAACAAACAACUUCACUUGUAACAGCAAAAUGCGGAGAAUCAGUUGAAUCGGCUACAAAAUCCAUCAAAAGCUAUAACAAGUUAAUGGGAAAAGUCAAUAUGUCUAAAAAGGUUAAAGAAUUAGACGAAGCAGAAAUACUAAUGGAAAUGUCAGAAGAAUAUUUAAACAAUUAUUUACAUUCUACAUGCGAUUCUGAUGAUGAAAUUGUCAAUGAAAAGAUUAAGUCAAUUUUAAGUGAACCUGAGGUUUGUGAAUCAAGUCAGUGGCCCAGUGUUCCAGAUCUCAAAUUAAGUAAAUUCAGUACUCUGAGUCGACAUGUUAGCAAUGAAGUGAAAUGAAGGGUUGACUGAAACAUAUGUGUAACUUUAUUUUAUUCUACAAUUAUAUGACUUAUUUUCAUUGUUUAAUACGAAGAUUUUCAUCUUAAAGAUCUAUGAUUAUCAUAUGACACAAUGUCUCUUGUUGUUGAAUAUUUGCUUUUUUACUCAUAACUGCUAUUGUUCACACAAUAAAGUCUUCAACUGUGCCAUCUGUUCCUUUGAAAUAAUUUUCCACUUAUUGUUAUACUGCCUAUUGUUUAAAUUCAUUUUUUUCUAUUCUAAUGUCAGAUUUUUUUUAUUCCAUUACUUCCUCAGUAGAACAUCGGGCUUCAAGCUAGAGGCUUGAAGUUUCGAUAGCAG